AUUCGAACGCUUUCGACGCCUAAGUAACGGUCCAAGAUCAUACGGAUCUGAAAAUAGAAGAAAGGUGACAUUAACUACACUUUCAGCUCCUCUAGUCAAAAUCGGAUAUUAAAGAAAAUAUACAGGAAAACUCGUUAGUAUAUUGAGCAGUAAUUAUACCAUCAAAAAAAACUAAAGAGAAGGGAUUGUGGCGAAAACGAGCGUGACUUACAUGAAAAUCCUGAAGGAUGAGGAUCUAUGUGACGCAAUCGAUGAGUCGAUUACGUAAUGGACGCCAUUAAAUUUUGCAUAAUCCUUUUCGUGCCAUUGGCCAACUCCUGGCAAGUUGGUCCCUGGUCCGAUUGCAAGGGUGUGAGAUGUGGUUCGGGAGGGAUACGCACAAGAAAAGUCUGGUGUAAUAACCAAAAUUGCAAUAAAAAACUUCAACCCGUUUCUCAAAAGUCCUGCUUUAAAAUAUGCUCAGAGUUGGAACCCCUUCUUUAUUGGCAAACAUCCGAGUGGUCUGAUUGUCGUUCGACAGAGUGUAAAAGUUUUCGUCAAACCAGAACUGCUCAAUGCAGGUUAAAGUGCCAAAAAUCUCAUGUACCUGAAGAAAUAUGUACGAAAUUUUACAAGAAACCUAAACUUACGAGACUUUGUAGAAAUGAAUGUCCCACUGAUUGCGUAGUAUCAGAGUUUGGUAAUUGGUCUAAGUGUGAUGUCUAUGAUACAAGUUUACUUAAAAAUAUAACGAGAUGGAGAGUAGUCUUGGUCGAACCAAAGUUUGGAGGUAAAGAUUGUCCAACACUGGAGGAAACGAAAAGAUGUUUUAACUAUUCAAAAUCAGUUACAAUGAUGAACUACAAGUAUCGAUACGGAGAGUGGAGUGAAUGUAAGCAAAUCGGCAAUAAGAAUUUUGGUCAGCAGACGAGAAGUUAUGAAUGUAUUGAUUAUACCGGUUCGAAGGUCGAUAUUGGCCACUGUUCAAAUCAUAGGGAAAUAAGAUCAUCAAAAUACUGCCACUUAGAUAACGAUUGCCAUUUAUCGUCUUGGUCGAGUUGGUUUAUUGCCGAAACACGCGAUCACUUUUUUAGGAAAAGGUCAAUACUUGAGAUGGGAAGCGGUAAGAAAAAGUGUGGAAAAUUAGAGCAAAAACGUUUAAUUACGGAUGAAGAUAUAACAGAUGGAUGUGGAAAGUAUAAAUGGAUAUCCGGUGCUUGGUCUAAAUGUCAGUUAAUACUACCAACUGAUCGCUGCGGCAAUGGUCUACAAACUCGUUCUAUCUUAUGCGUUCGAGCUUCUGACGAGCAUCCUGUACUGAAGAAAUCUUGCAAAAGUAUUGAACCAGUUCAUGUCAAAUUAUGCAAAGUAGAGUGCAUAGAUGAUUGUAUACUAUCAUCUUGGUCCACUUGGGGACCGUGCAGGGGCAGUUGUGGAAUAAAACUUCGCCACCGACAACAUUCAAGGUAUCAGAAAAGGGUUAGAAACGUCAUAAGGGAGGGCAUUAAUUGUCCGCACAGAAUAGAAACUAGGCCUUGUAAGGACACUCGGUGCUAUAGUUGGAAAGUUUUGUUCGAGGACGAAUGUAAAGCUAGUGAUCGCAAUGAGCAUGGAGAAAGGUGUGGCUUUGGUUAUAGAAAUAGAACUAUACAAUGCGUAGACUCGAUGGGGCUUAUUGCGAUUUCAAGAGAUCGAUGCCAAUUAAGUCCACCUCCAACAACGGUUACUUGCCAAGUACCUUGCAAUAAUGACUGUGUUUUUUCAAAUUGGUCCGAAUGGUCUAAAUGCGACGAUAGUUGUUCCAAUUCUUAUAGACCUACACUCAGACAAAGAACAAGAGAAAUACUAUCCUUUUCUAGUGCGAAUGGGAAAAAAUGUCCGUCACACUUACUCCAAGAAAAGAAAGAAUGCGAAAGUAAAUGUAGAACUUAUAGAUGGAGGGUUAAUCAGUGGAAAAAGUGUAUACCUCUCGAUAAGACCAGGUUGUGCGGAGAAGGUUAUCAAACUAGAAAUGCUUAUUGUGAAAAUGAUUUAAAUGAGAAGUUAACCGAAAAGGGGGCUGCCAGGUUAUGUGUCCAAGAAUUGAGGCCAGUCUUGCAGCAGAAUUGUACUAUUCCCUGCCCUAAAGACUGCCUAGUGUCAAAAUUCACAAUGUGGACAAAAUGCAGUUUGACUUGCAGAUCAAGUAGAGACAGACGAUUGGCUCUGCAGUACAGAUUUAAAAUAGUUCUCCAACCACCUACUUUGGGCGGUAAAAGAUGCUCAAAGGUAAUGAAUGAGACACAAGUUUGUAGGAAUGUACCAAAUUGCGAGGAUUAUCGUUGGGUAACUAGCGAUUUUUCCAAAUGUCUUUUUCCGCAUGGACACGUCAAAUGUGGAUUAGGAUUAAGGACCAGGAAAGUAGAAUGCAAGAGCAGAUCUGGAGGAUUAAGAAGUGAUGCAGUUUGUAAGAAGGAAUUAGGGCCAGCUCCAAGUAGAACGGAAUCUUGUUUUAUACAUUGUUAUCACCAUUGCAAGAUUUCCAGUUGGUCUACGUGGAGUAGCUGCACUCAUAGAUGCGGUGGCCAUAAAGUUAGAAGAAGACAACUUGAAUCCGGAAAUGAUAAAUGCAAGAAAAUUUACGCAUUAAAAGAAACAAAGACUUGUUCAUGUAUGCCAUUUAGCACUGAAGGUCACGGUUUAUGGUCGAAUUGCAUAAAAGAAUGGUCAAAGAAACCGAAAGGCGAAAGUAGUGAUUUCGGUGACUUUGUCGAACCAUCUUCAGAAGAUCCGUACGAACUACAUAAAAAAGAAUAUUUUACGCUCUUUAAACAAACAUCGUGUAUUGUUGGUCAUUCCGGAAGGAGAAGUAGAACUUUGAAGUGUAUUGACAACGUUCGCCAAUUAUCUGCAUCGUCUAUAAUGUGCAGUAAAACUGGCUUGGAGGAUGAAAUGUGCUUCAUUAACUGUCCUAGCGAUUGCAUAAUGUCGGAAUGGUCGGCUUGGUCCAGCUGCCGGAACGAUAAAUGCGGUAUAUCUCAUCAAAGAAGAUAUCGUUAUUUAGACAGUGAGGAUUUUGGGGGCGGAAGACCCUGUCCAAUUCCCAAAAAUCAGACUAGGGAAUAUCAAACAAAGCCUUGUUAUACCGAAUGUGUGUAUAAUUGGGUACCAGAACCCUGGAGUAAAUGCCAAAAUGUUGGCAAUUCAUGUGGUAGAUUCAAUAAAGGAACAAAAACGAGGAAGAUUAAAUGCAUAUACAGUGUAAAUGGAACAGAAGUAGAUGCUUCGAAAUGUGACCCGGAAGAAGUACCAAUACACAGAGAGCAAUGCACUUUAGCUUGCCCAGAAGAAUGUGUACUUAGUUUGUGGUCAGAAUGGACUAUAUGCUUACCGCCUUGUUCAUCCAGAAAAAUGAGAACAAGGCACAGAUCAAUAUUAAGACACGGAAAAUUUGGUGAUUGUGGCGAAAGAAUAAAUACUGAACCUUGUGAAGUUAGCAAUUGUGGCGUUUACAAAUGGAAAUGGUCAGAAUUUAGUUCUUGCAUUUUGGGAAAGCAUCAAUGUGGAAUUGGAAAAAAAAUUAGAGUUAAAGAAUGUGUCAAAACAGGAACAGAGAAAUCAGUGCCUUAUUCUCAAUGUAUUAAAUACGGUGCUAUAAACUUAAAAGGAGAAGCUAUGCAAUCUUGCCACGUUCCGUGCCCAUUAGAUUGCGUUGUUUCUGAAUGGUCCGAAUGGUCUGAUUGUUCCAAAACCUGUGGAUAUGCUCAAAAAUUUAGAAAAAGAAGAGUUCUAUUUGAAGCUAAGCACUUAGGAAGAGCUUGUCCAACACCUCUUGUUCAGCAAAAGCCAUGUGCUUUUACAGAAUGUCAUAGAUGGGCUUGGUCUAGCUGGACUUCAUGUAAAAAUGAUGUUGAUUCUUGUGGUUCUGGUAUGCAAAGUCGUUAUUUAAGAUGUGAGAGUACUGAUGGAAAGCUUCUACACGAUGCCUUUUGCCCUAAAAAACCUAAUCUUCUCCGAUUGGGACAAGAACACAGAGAGUGUUAUAAGCCAUGCCCUACGGAUUGUGUACUCUCGGAGUGGUCAUCAUGGGGAUUCUGCUACAGAAAAUGUUCCCACGAAGAUCUUGCCGGGGUACAGACAAGAAGUCGAAUAGUAUUAAAAAGCGCUUCGAAAGAUGGAAGGCCUUGUUCUACUUCAAGAGUUCAGAGCAGAAAAUGCAUCGCACAAACGUGUACGCUAUUUAAAUGGAGAACUUCACCGUGGUUGAGGAAUGAUACAAGAAAAGUUUGGUGCCAGACUAAUCAUGGGGAUAAUGUAGUCAAUGGCUGUUCGUUCGCAUCUCGACCUCCUGGUAUAAAGGAGUGCAACCCCCCUUGCACUGUAAAACAUUCUUAUUGCAAAGAUACGAAUGAAUGUGCCUGUAUGCCGGGAUAUUUUAUCCAGUAUAGUCUUCACAGAACUAUUGCUAAUUGUAGUCCGCCAAGUUCCAAUUUUAGCAAGAAUGCCAUAGAUACGGAAUCAGAAGAAAAUUCACCAGUAAACGUUUGGAUGUUUAUGGUCAUUGGGAUUGGUCUUUUUGUAGUGACAUCAGUAUUUGCUACGCUGUAUUUUAUAUGUAAAAGGGGCAAAGAGAAGAAGAAGGCUAUUUAUAAUCGAAACAAUUCUUUAUUGUCUCAUCAACCUAGUAUGAAGGCUCCUUCCACAGCCACAAAUAACACAUAUUCAUCUUCCGGAAUUAUGUCAACAACACAGCCGUCUUCUUGUUCUGCUUCUACUAAGCAGUGAAAAAAUAAUACAUGUAUUAUAUAUAGUAUAUCUAUUUCCCGUCAAAUUCUCUUUCUCCUUAUCUUCUAUAUUCAUUUGAAAGAAAGAGAUAUUAAUAUAUGCAUUUUAUGUACGUCAUUAUAAACAUUAAUUUAUUUAAAGAAAAAGGAAGAAAAAAGGAAGAAACAAAAAUUUGAACAAUUAAAGGACAUUGUGCUAUUUUUAUACUUGGAAAUUUAUCCAGCAUUUUCUGUUUCUCUAUUUAAUUGUUAAAGAAAAACAAAUUACUUAUACUGUAUAUAUAUAUAUAUAUAUAUAUA